AUGGGGGUGCGGGUACCGGUAGAGAGGGCGCCGUGCGAUUCCUGUAUUGUCAGUGUGAAACUUCAUUUGGCGCAGAUGCAAUCAGGCGAAGCCGCUAGAGCCAUUCAGAGGGCAAGAGGCUUCACAGAUGUAUCUGGAAGCCUGAACGGAGACAAAUGGCUCGGUGGAACUUUCCCCUUCCCUCCCGACCGGUCCAGCUGUGGAGUUGAGCUCCACACCGCCUCCUCCUUCCAGAUGUUACCAACCGAGGUUCCUCGCUUGUCACGUGGCUCCGAUGCAGCUCAUCCUAACGAUUCGCUGGGAACACAUGACUGCUACUCGAUAGUGACCAGCUUGCAUCAAAGCCUGGGAGAAGUUAUCUUCUACGAGAACAGGAACUUCACGGGGCGUUCAUGGGAAUGUACCAGCGACUGUUUUGACAUGGCGCCCCACCUGAGCCGCUGCCACUCCUGCAGGGUGGAGAGUGGCUGCUGGAUGCUCUACGACCGCGCCCGCUUCAUGGGCAAUGAGUUCUUCAUCAAGAAGGGCGAGUACAGCGACUUCUGGGGCAUGUGGGGCAUGAACGGCUGGAUCAGGUCCUGCCGCAUGAUCCCCAAGUACAGCGGAUCCCACAGGAUGAGGAUCUACGAGAAGGAGAACUUCAUGGGCCAAAUGAUGGACAUAAGCAAUGAUUGUGACUCCUUCAUGGAACGCUGCAGCUGGCCCCACGGCUGCAGAUCCUGCCACGUGAUGGAUGGCCACUGGCUCAUGUACGAAUACCCCAACUACAAGGGCAGGAUGUGGUACUUUGGGCCAGGAGAGUACAGGAACCUCAGCCGCUGGUGGGGAAUUCAGAGCACGAGGUUCAUGAGCAUGAGGCGAAUUAUGGACUCCUGGUAUUAAAGAGUUGA